AUGGAGACUCCGUGGGGCUCUCCAGCCGACAUUUGGUCAUACGGAACUAUGCUUAUAUCUCUCAUCUACGGUGGCGCCACUGUACCUUAUGGUCAUGAAGAGUACAACCUGGAGGUUUUAACGCAGCAAUUUCGAUAUUUCGGCCCCUGGCCAGGCAAGUAUGAAGAGGUUGAGAGUCUCGAGACUUUGCACGCCAUUAGGUGGAUUAUGCAAGAGAUUCCCAAAUCAGAAACUACCCCGUUUGCUAUGAUAACGGAGAAAGAAGUUUGUAAGAGAGAUAAGGAGUUCAUUAUGGAGAUCAUGAAGUUGGACUGGAGGGAUAGCCAUCCGCCAGGGAGUUGUUGGAGCAUGAAUGGUUGA